UCUCUGCUUUGUCAAUCAGUGAUGGAUGCAGCUUCCGUCAGCUUGGCUCCGUGCAAUCCUCUCUGCAUCAUGAGGACUCUGCAGGAGAUUCAGGCCACUUUACAGGUCGCGAAAGUGGACCCAGCCGAGUUACAGCCGUUGGUUCAGUGCCUGUCGUUCAGUGAUAGUUUCAGCUCGGAGGAUUACUGCCUGUUGGAAUUGGACGACACGCUUUGCAAAUACAUCGAAUCAGGACAGAGCCUGACUAUUCGAGGUGAUAUGGAUGAACAUGCUGUGUUGUGUAGUGAAGAUAAAACUUAUGAUCUGAAGAUAGCUGAUACAUCAAACAUGUUGCUCAUCAUACCUGAUUGCAAAACCCCUGACCAGCUUACAUCUGACUUGAGCACAGAUCAUUUGAUACACUGUCAGAUUUAUGGUUUUGCCAAAAGCUACUGGGAGUUGAAAAGAUCUCGGCCGAAAUUGAAGAAGUUAAAGAAACUUCUAAUGGAAAACCAAUACGAGGGGCCUUUUAGUGAGAAAGAAAGAAGUUCAACUUAUCCAAAGUAUACAAAGGAGGAUUUAAUGGAAACUAUUCAAGCCAGCGAACAGGAAAUAAUGCAGCAGUUACAGUUGAUACAUGCAUGCAGGAUUGAAGGGUACUGGAGAAUUCUGGAAUUUGAUUAUGAGAUGAAGCUCCUAAGCCAUGUGAUCCAGUUGGUCGAUUCAGAGUCUUGGUCUUUCAGUAAGAUUCCUCUAACUAUUUGUCUACAAGAACUGGAGCUUCUUGAACCAAGGCAGAUGAUAGAACAUUGUCUUAAUUGUUAUGGCAAAAGAUAUACAGAUGAAGCAGGAGAAGUUUUUUAUGCACUAAAUGAGGAUGAAGUCUGUAAAUCCAAUGCUCUAAUGCUGUUAAGGAAUGCUGUAAAAUUCAAUCUGUCUGAGUUUGAGGAGGUGUGGCAGCAGAGUGUGCCUGAAGGCAUGUCAACAAGGUUGGAUCAACUCAAGGGUGUAGCUCUUGUGGAUAGAAAUUCAAGACCACAAGUGAUUUUUCAACUAAAUGUAGAGGAUCUGCCGGAGAGCACACAGGACCGUUUCAACAGCCUCUUUAACAUCAGAGCGAAGUGGACUGAAGAAGAUAUUUCUCCAUAUAUCCGGGGCUUAUGUGCAGAGAAGCAGACUAUUGGAACUCUACUGACAAAAUAUGCUCGUUCAUCCAUGCAGAAUGGUGUGAAAGUGUUUAGCUCCAGAAGGCCAGUCUGAUGAUCUAUUUGAAUACUUGAAAUUCAUUGGAAGAACGUUUGUCGCAGAUGUUCACUCGAAGUGCUUAUGUUCCCCUCAGUCUAUCCUCUAUUUAUGGACUUCAAAAUUGUUUCAUAAAAGUUUGUUUCAGAAUGCAGAUACUAUGUUUCCAGUUUGUUAAUAAAAUUGAAAGGUAUAUUUUAUGAGGAAAUCAGUAGAACCUAAAAUUACAUUGUUGUUAAUUCUGUCACGGAGUAGGCUGUUACUUUGAGCUCUUGUAAUGGGUUAUUGUACUACAUGUUACAUCUACAAAAACUACUUUUCCUUUUAAAGUUUCAGUGCAUUUGUAGUUGUUAUUUGUGAUGAAGAUCUCAGUCUUUGCAUAUUCCUUAGAUUUUUUUUUAUUUGUUUAUGGGACAUGGGAGUUGCUGGCUAGUCCCUAAUUAAAAGUCAACCACAUUGCUGUGGGCCCAUGUAGGCCAGAUCAGGUAAGAACAGCAGGAAUCUCUGCAGUUUCUUCUUCCUAAACCAGAAAUGCUGAGACCCAUUGAAGUGCCACUACUGCUGCUGUAGCUGAUAUCAUCUAACUUAGUGUAGCCCAGGAAUUGUGCCAGAGACCUUCCUACUCAACCAUUCACUGCUUUACGCUUUCAAACUCUGUUUUUCUACAAAAAAAUAAAUAUAUUGCCAAGUUAGGAAGGACUGAAGCCUUUGUUUAAUAGGUUGCAUUUUAUAUAUUCUAGUUAUUACGUAACAAACUUAAGCCCUAAUAUUACCAAUAACCAUUUCUCAAGUUGCUGUUGAUCAAUAAAGCUGCAGGUGAACCUUU